AUGUGGGCCUCGAUCGUAAAGCAGGCGGCCGCGCCCUCUGCGUCGGGCUCGGCGCAGCUGACGAGCUCCGAGGGGCUCAAGAUCGUGGUGGUGGACGCAAACGCCGUCAUAAAUGGCAUAAGGCUCGAAGGUAUCGCAGAUAAGGCUGUCACCCUGCAGGAUGUGCUCGACGAGGUGCGGGACAAGCAGUCGCGCCAGUUCCUGGCAAGCCUGGCAAUCAAACUAGAGGUUUCAGAGCCAUCAGAGGAGUCAUUGAAAGCAGUGACUCACUUCGCGCGCGAGACUGGCGACAUCCACGCGCUGUCGACCGUUGACCUGAAGCUGCUAGCGCUGGCGCACACCCUGGAGGUCUCGGCGCACGGAUCGGGCCACCUCAAGCAGCACCCGGCACAGCCCGUCCUGCGCACCCGCCACCGCGCCGCCGGCCGCGCGCUGCCCGGCUGGGGGCGCGUCGCCAACCCAGAGGAGUGGAAGGUGGUGGACGACGCCAACGACGACGACGCGGCCGCGGCCGCCGCCGCCGCGGGCAGCCGCAUCGCCGCGCACGUGCAGCAGCUCCACCUGGACGGCUCCGCGCCAGGCGGCGCCGUCGGCCUGCUCGCCGACGGCUUGCCAUCUGCAGCGACGGGAGGCGCCGGUGGCGGUGCGGGGGCCCCAGCGGGGCAAGCGGAGCCGGGCACUGGGCAGCAGGGACCCGAGCAGCAGCAAGAGCAGCAGCAGCAGCAAGAGCAGCAGCAGCAGCAGCAGGCAGCUAUGGAGGAGUCCUCCUCUGACGAUGAGGCCCAGGUGGGCGGCGGCGACGACGGCUGGGAGGUCGCCGCCAAGAGCCACGGCGCCCAGCGGCGGAAGAAGCGCAAGGAGUACCGGCGGCAGCAGCGGCAGGCGGAGUUUGAGGCGGAGUGGGACGAGCACUCGCGCCUGAUGCAGCAGCGGCGCGGGGAGGCGGGCGCGGCGGCAGACGGCGCGCGGGCCGCCGCCUCGCAGGGGGAGGGCGAUGGUGUGGAGGCGCGGGAGGAGGACGAUGAGGAUGACGAGGGCCAGCGAGAGCCGCAGCAGCUGUUUGGCCCGGCGGGUGUCUAUGCAGAGGGCGAGGAGGGGGAAGAGGAUGAGGACGAGGAGGAGGAGGGGGGCGAGGAGGACGGCGACGAGGCAGGCGGGUUGGGGGCGGCAGAGGAGGGUAUGGAGGAGGAGCGUGAAGGGGGCGCCGAGGCGGGCGGCAGCGGCGACGGCAGCGGGGACGAGGGAUUGGAGGAUGCAGGGCAGGAGGACGUGCUUGAGACGAGUGGCGCGUGGGAGGCCGGCGCCGCAUCGGGCGGCGGCGGCGGCGGCGGCGCGAGCAGCGUGGGCGUGAUGACGGCGGACUUUGCUAUGCAGAACGUGCUGCUGCAGAUGGGCCUGCGCCUGCUGUCGCGCGACGGCCGCGUGGUCUCACGCCUGAGCCGCUGGGCGCUGCGCUGCAGCGCGUGCUUCUUCGUGACGCGCGAGGCGGGGCGGCUGUUCUGCCCGAAGUGCGGCAACAUGAGCCUGGACCGCGUGGAGGUGGCGGUGGGGCCGGACGGCGCGGAGUACUUUGGCGUCCGCAAGCGCCACAUCCUGCGCGGCACAAAGUUCUCCCUGCCCAAGCCGCGGGGCGGCCGCAACAGCAAGGACCCCAUCCUGCGCGAGGACGUCUUCCUGCUCAAGGUCAAGGCCUUUGGCCGCAGGGCGCAGAAAAAGCAGCCGCCGCCCUCAGCUGAGGACGCCGACCCCUUCGCGCCGGAAGGCACUGAGUUUGGGGAGGGCCGCAGCCAGGCGCAGCUCGCACAGCACAGGGGCCUGGCGCGGGUGCUGGAGCCGGCGUGGAAGCACAAUCCCAAUGAGAGGAAGCUGUCGCGCAGCAACAGGCGCAGGUGA